AUGUCAGGCAUUGAAAUUGAAUAUAAUAAUCAUACUGGAUGGUUAUGUAAUGAUGAUCUUAUUCUCGUAUGUGAUCGAGAAGAAAUUAUUGAUAAUUCAUUUAUGGAUGAUAAUAAACUUCAAUUAAUGAAUCGAACACGUCGUCGUUAUAUACCAAAAGUUAAUUUUAAUGAUAAAAAAUUAUUUCCUUCAAUAUUAAAUCGAACAGUAACAAAUGAAAUUAAUACUGAUGAUGAACUUCUUUCAGAAUUAAGUUCAAUGUUAGCUUGCCGUGAAUAUGUUAGUAAACAGAAUAACUUUUUUGAUCGAAAACAAUUUCAACAAGCUCAAGCAGCACAAGCAGAUGAAGAAAAAAAAUUUCAUGAACAACAAAAACGUCAACAAGAACAAUCUCAUAUUGAACGACUACAACGAAGGCGACAACAUCCAUUGUAUGUUAGUCGAUUUGAUGAAAAACGUUAUGUACCAUCAAUAAGAAAAAAAUUAUAUAAAUUUCAUUAUUAG